AUGACGGUCUCCGCCCACCACAACUUGCCCACAGAGAAAUUUGCCCCCUCCCCCCUCUUCCCUCUUUGGGCAUUUGCUUCUUGGACCAUUACCAACCACAGUUAUUUCACGCCAAAUAUACACACCGCAGAUCUUCGACGCUGCUGUGGCGGUUCAAACUACAGAGUCUACGAAAUAUCCAAAUGGGCUAGCGGUGAGAGUGAAAUCACCGCCAAGACAGGUAUAGUGCCCGAGUCCUGCUGCGCUCGUUACAACUCUGGCGAAUUUGUGAAUGUCACCGUCUGCCAGUCGGCUGUGGACUUGACUGAGAUCCCGGAUGCUGUCUACACUGAAGUAAGUCCCUGA